AUGGAUGAGUCGUCGUCAAAUUCUAACAUCAUAUUCGAACCGAAGAAUUCUCCAGAAGUGAAGAGAAUCACAGUAACUCGACAUGUUACAACACACAUCACCGAAGAACCACAAAUAGUCAUAGAGAAUGCACGCUCAUCUUCCACAAUGACGACUGAAAGACAUCUGCUCCAUAAGAAGCCUCCCAAAAGGGUUUAUCCUAUUGUCACCGUCAAAGUAUCGGACUUACCUCCCACUUUCAUGAAGCCUGAGCAAGUUUACGAACCACCGAAAGACUAUUUGUUUGAUCCAAUAGAAAUUCCUAUUGAACGAACUUAUCGCUUGAAUUCUAUUCGAACAAGUUCAGCGAAGCCAUGUGAAACUGUGCCAGAGCCUCAUCCUCGUCGCAUGAAAGGUGAUUUGCCUCAGUGUGAUCCUGAAGCUAUGAAUGGAAAUGAUGGAGGAGGAUACAAACAGCUUGACAACUGGCAUAAAUUUGAGAUUCUCAAAAAAAAGCUUUCAACCGAUUCAUAUGAUAAUCAGAGACAUGUAACUCCUGAUGAGAUAGCUGAAGAGUGCCGACGCAUGUUAAAUGAGCUACAGGAUGAUGAAGAAAAAGAAAACAGAAUUGUUUAUGGAAGGAGUCAUGGGCAGGUGGAUGAGGAAAUCGACAAAUUGAAGAAACAGGUUAAAUUAGAGAUUUUAGAAGAAAACAAAUAA